ACACUAGAGCUAACUCGCAGCCAUGCCGAGGUGCAUUAAAUGUUUAUCUGAAAACGACUCUGCAUCGGAAGACCGACAUUGGCACAGGAUAGCCACCUUGUUCAUGAAUUGUGUUUCCAACGGCACCGUUUAUGAGGAGGCGGUUGGACGAGAAGGGAGCUGGGCCAGGCUGUGCGACGGAUGUUGCGCGGUGCCAAGCGUGGUGUACUGCCGCGCCGACUCCGCGUACCUCUGUGCAUCUUGUGAUGCACAGAUCCACGCCGCAAACCGUGUGGCCUCGCGCCAUGAGCGUGUGCUCCUCUCCGAGGCCUACAAGCAUGCACCAGUGGUGCUGGAAUGUCAUGCAGAUGCUGCAGCGUUGUGCGCCGCCUAUGAAGCACAGGUACACUACACAAACCUGCUUGCCACGAUGCACCAGCGCGUGCCCGUGGUGUCACACCCGGUCGCAGCCAUUCCAGCUGCUUCUUUAUUUGCCGAGGCAGCAGCCACCGCUCCUGUCCUCGGCAGCAAGGAAGAGGACGCCUCUUGGCUGCUGCCCAGCAAAGAUUCUGAUAACCAUAAUCACAGUGGCAACCACAGCAGCAGCAGCAGCAGCAGCAGCAGCAGAUAUUUUGGUGAAGUGGAUCAGUACUUUGACCUUGUCGGGUACAAUUCUUACUAUGAUAGCCACAUGAACAACCAAGAGCAGUAUGUGAUGCAAGAACAACAACAUCUGCAGCAGAUGCAAAAGGAGUACGCGGAGCAGCAGAUGCAAAAGGAGUACGUGGAGAAGGAAGGGAGCGAGUGCAUAGUACCUUCGCAGUCUGCAAUUGUGAGCAGGCCACAUCAGAGUGGUUAUGCACCACUUGUAGGGGCAGAGCAGGCUGCCUCCGUGACUGCUGGGGUUAGUGCUUACACAGAUUCCGUCAACAACAGCAUAUCUUUCUCAAUGGAGGCGGGUAUAGUACCGGACAAUACGGUCCAGUCCAGCAUCCUGAGACCAGCUGGAGCCAUCGGUCUCUUCUCAAGUCCUUCACUUCAGACACCAAUUCACUUCAGCUCCAAGGAGAGAGAGGCCAGGGUCCUCAGGUACAAGGAGAAGAAGAAGAGCAGAAAGUUUGAGAAGACCACACGUUAUGCAACAAGGAAGGCGUAUGCCGAAGCACGGCCAAGGAUCAAGGGGCGCUUCGCCAAAAGAUCAGAUGCAGACAUGGAAGUGGACCAGACGUUCUCAACUGCAGCCCUAUCUGACAGUAGCUACAGUACAGUCCCAUGGUUCUGAUGAGGCAUCGUAUUAGCAUAUGGACUUACCAGAGUGAUAAGGUACAGUACGAGUAUUUCAAGCAGAUCGAUGCUCUGAAUAAUGGUUGGAUAUGUGCAACUUAAUCAUAAGGUACCUUAGCAUCUACAUUUUGGUUUAUAGUUUCAGAUAGCACGUAUGUGAUGUUAGAUACUUGCUCAGUCACUUCAGUUACAAGUGAACAAAGAGCGGUAUUUAACUAUUUAAAGAUGUAAUGUAACGGCACAUAGAUAACUAUGGGGCGUGUUGGAUUUUUUUUUCCUUUUGACAAGAAGCAGCUACCAGCUGAUUUCAUUGAUGAAGGGACGGUAAUGUUA